UCGCCGUUUCACCAGGCGCUGUUUCCUGCUCGUCUCUCCUCCCCCACCCCACGACCCUGCUUUGUGUUCAGGCGCUUCCCCCCCGCAAAGAACAAAACCGUCUCCUCGAUUCGAUUGAGUUCGCGUGAGCGCGCGCUUUAGAGCUUCCGUGUCUGCUGGGAUCCGGGCCGACUGAAGUCGGACACGCGUGCUGAUUUGGCUCCUGGAGGGAAUCAUGAGUCUACUGUUUACCAAAUAUGGUAGGAAUUUUGUUUCUGCUGUUUCCUCGAGCCUUACAUGGUUGGUAUGAACCCAGACUCGAAGAUACGUGUGGAAGGAGUGGCAACCACAGAGAUAGUAGUGCUACUGGUCUGGGGAUAAGAGAUGAUAACAGGUCUGAGCUUGAGAAGCCCUUUACAGAUCCUGGGAUGUGGCAAUGCUCCAUUUGCACUCAUGAAAAUGAUACGAGUAAUUUAUCCUGUGAGCUAUGCGGUGUACUUCGUGAUCUGUCGCUGUAUUUCAAUAAUAUCAGUGAAGCUGAAGCUGGAGCUAAACGCAGAAACAAGUAUUCUGGAGUAUCCGUACUGGCAAGAUCUCUUUUUGCGUCAUCUAGUACGAAAUCAAAGGCUAUUAUUUUCUCUGAUGGCUCCCAAGACAAUAGAAAUGCAACAGGGAAUAAGCAAGCUACCAUGGAUGCUCUGCAUAAGACAUACAUGCCCAGCAAAAAGCGCCACAUUAACAUAGGUACAGCUAUGCUCAGCAGUUCUUUGUUUCCUUUCAAAUUUGAUACGCCCUCUCCUGAUGAUAUGGUCACUACAGGCUUAAAAUCAUCAAGAAAUUUUAGAAAAGUGGUUCAAAUUAAAGAUUCAGUUGAUGCCACCGGAAAGAAGAUGAUGGAUAGUGGUAUUCUUCAAACUGAAAAGGAUACAAGUAUGGAUCCAUGUACAUCAGCUGAGGUGGAUAAACUUGGCGGAACUAGUAGCAGUGUUCCUUCCAGUAAUCAACAAGUAACUCCUAUUUUGGACCAUGAGCUACAGCAUUUGAGUUUGGAGAGCAAGCCAAAGAGCAGUAAACCCAAGAUUAAGAAACCAGCUUCUAUUUCAGAGUACAAGCCAGAACCAUGGAUGCUCCAGAGUGAAGACCAGGAAAUGCGUAGACAGCUAAAUCUUGCCAUUGUCGGGCAUGUUGAUUCUGGGAAAUCAACUUUAUGUGGUCGAUUACUACAUGCUCUGGGAUUGAUUUCAAAAAAGCAAAUGCAUAAAUAUGAGAAAGAAGCUAAAGAAAAGGGGAAAGGAUCAUUUGCAUAUGCUUGGGCCAUGGAUGACAGCACUGAUGAGAGGGAGCGUGGAAUUACAAUGACUGUGGCUGUAAAAUAUUUUGACACUGAAAAAUACCAUGUAGUUUUGCUCGACUCCCCUGGUCAUAAAGAUUUUGUUCCUAACAUGAUAUCUGGGGCUACACAAGCGGAUGCAGCCAUCCUAGUUGUUGAUGCAUCUGUAGGCUCAUUUGAAGCAGGUAUGGGUGUUAGUGGGAUUGGUCAGACAAAGGAGCACUCACAACUUAUUAGGAGCUUUGGUGUUGAAAACUUGAUAGUUGCUGUUAAUAAGAUGGAUAUGGUAGAACAUUCGAAGGACCGGUUUAAUUUUGUUAAAUUGCAACUUGGUAUCUUCCUUCGAUCAUGUGGGUUCAAAGACUCUUCAAUCACCUGGGUUCCUUUGAGUGCAAUGGCAAAUGAAAACUUAGUGACUGCUGCUUCGGAUUCUCGUCUUUUGUCAUGGUACAAUGGAAAUUGUCUGCUGGAAUCCAUCGACUCAUUGCCCCCUCCUCAUCGUGAUGUUUCAAGGCCACUACGCCUUCCAAUCUGUGAUGUUAUUGCUUCUAUCACACUGGGGCAGGUGGCAGUUUGUGGUAAAGUGGAGGCUGGAGGAAUCCGAACUGGUUCUAAGGUUCUUGUCAUGCCAUCCGGAGAUUUAGCUACAGUUAAAACCAUCGAGCGGGAUUCCUCUAGUUGCAACUUGGCAAGAGCUGGGGACAACAUUGCUGUUGGUUUGCAAGGGGUUGACCCUGGUCACCUUGUGUCGGGUGGAGUUAUAUGCCAUCCAGAUUUCCCCGUACACGUUGCUUCUCGCUUGGAGCUGAAAAUUUUGGUUCUAGAAAUCACUACACCAAUACUGGUUGGCCUCCAGUUUGAACUGCACAUACAUCAUGCGAGGGUGUCUGCAAGCUUGGUUAAAAUACUGUCGUUGCUGGACCAGAAGACCGGCAAGGCCUCAAAGAAAAUGCCACGCCUGCUCACCGCGAGGCAGGCUGCUGUAGUUGAUGUAAAGCUGGACAAGGAGGUCUGCGUGGAAGAGUUCUCAGCUCUGAAGGCCCUUGGUCGAGCGUUCCUGCGGUCUGGUGGCAACACCGUUGCAGUGGGCAUUGUGACCCGAAUCCUGGACGAGGCUAAGGUUUAGAGACCCCUCGACAGUGAAAACCAGACAUCUCAUGUACACGGUGUGUGUAUUGUGUUACUCGUUGUAGUCAAUAGAUCUGUAUUCUGUAGCUUGGCGGAGUUAGGAUGCGUACUGACCGAAACCGAUGGCACUAACUUGAGAAUUCAGAAGGUUCAAUGACUCGAGAGCCUUCCUUCA